CUCUCUCUAUUCACAGUGCAUAUACAUAAUCCACCUAUAUAUAUAGGCAUACACAUUUAGGAGCCUUUGUGCACUGCUUCAUUCUCUAGAUCCUAAUUAAAAGCUCGGAGGGAUCGUUUCUUUUUAAAAAGAGGUUAAGCUUGGAUUGAGUUUUUAAGAUCAUGUCUAUGUCAGUGGAGAUAAGAGUUCCAAACUUGGAUUGUGAAGGAUGUGCUUCUAAGCUUAGGAAGACUCUGCUCAAGGUUAAAGGAGUGGAAGAAGUAGAAGUGGAGAUGGAAAACCAAAAAGUGACGGCUCGAGGAUACCGGUUAGAGGAGAAGAAGGUAUUGAAAGCGGUACGACGUGCCGGUAAAGCGGCUGAACCGUGGCCAUACCGGUUAGGUAACAGCCAUUUUGCCUCAUUCUACAAAUACCCUUCGUAUGUGACGAACCACUAUUACUCUGAUGCACACCGAACCGAUCCCACCGGUGGUGUCCACACUUUCUUCCACACUCCUGCUGUUUACUCCGUUGCGGUGGCCGGAGAUGAGAUCGCGGCUUCGAUGUUUAGUGAUGAUAAUCCCCAUGCUUGUACUAUUAUGUAAUCUUUUUUUUUUUCCAAGUAUACAAAAAUAUGUUUUCAGUGCAGCUUCCUAGCUUGUCAAAUUCGGUUUGAUGUAAUAUUUUUUUUCUUUUUUAUUUUGUAUAACUAAAAUGUUGGAAUGGGAAAGUAAAGUAUGUUGUUUUGACUUUU